UCGUUGGUGGGAGUCUGCAGGCGGAGUUCGGCAGUGCAGCAGCAGCAACCUCGAAGCUAGUUCAAACUAGUGGGAGGUUGUGUGCCAGAGAUGGUGCGAGGUAAGGUGCAGCUCAAGCUCAUCGAGAACCCGGUUCACCGGCAAGUGACCUUUUGCAAGCGUCGGGCGGGGCUGCUGAAGAAGGCCCGCGAGCUGUCGGUGCUGUGCGACGCCGAAGUCGGCAUCAUGGUCUUCUCCGCCCACGGCAAGCUCUAUGAACUGGCCACGAAGGGGACAAUGGAGGGCUUGAUCGAGAGGUACAAGAUGACAUCUAAAGAAGCUCAAAACUAUGUGAGUGCUGCCAUGGAUCCACCUCAGGAUUCCGAGCAAGAGAUUUCCAGGCUAAAGGAAGAGAUCAAUGUUCUGCAAAAGAGCCUGAGGCACAUGUUUGGAGAAGGAUGCUCUGGUCAUGAGCAGAUGAACCUUGAUGAACUGUACAUACUAGAAAGGCAUUUUGGAAUUUGGAUAGACCACAUCAGGACCAAGAAGAUGCAGAUCAUGUUCCAAGAGAUUGAAUCCCUGAAGAGCAAGGAGGACAUGCUGAAAGCCACCAAUGAGUUCCUUCAAGAGAAGAUUGUGGAGGAACAGGGGGCUUAUGAUGCAGCCUCAGUGAUGGUCCAACCCAAAGGGCACUUUGAGAUGCCUCCAACUGCAGUUGCUGACCACAUUAAUGCUUACCCACUGACUGUACAGGACCAGCUUAACAAUUUUGAGGGCCCUGAAACAGGCUUCUCCUUCUGA